UAAUUUUUUUCUCUUGUUCACAACGUUUGAGUUGGACGCGUGUUUUGUUUAGAAUUGUCUGUAUAUAUUUAAAAAAAUAAUAUAUUAAAAAUGAAACAAAAGAACGCUGUAGUGAAAAGUGCACCAAAAUCAAACGGUGUACAAAAAAAUAAACUAAAGCAACAAAUUAAGCCAAAUAAAGUUGCUGGAAAACCUGCAAAAAAACUAGGAAAGCAGCCCAGCAAAGUCCCGCCACCGAAAAAAGUUGUAGAGGAAGAAGAAGAUGACGAAGAGGAUGAAGAUUCUGGUGCUGAAGUUGAACAAUUUCAGGAUGAUGUCAAUACCGGUGAAGACAGCGAAGACCUUGAUCUUGCAGGAGAAGAUGAUGAUGAGGAAGAUGAUGAUGAGGAUGAUGAUGACGAGGAUGAUGAUGAUGACGAUGACGAUGAAGAAGAAGAAGAGGAUGCUGAAGUAGAAGAUGCAAAAAUGAGUAGUUUAAUUGAAGCUGAAGAUGCAGAAAGUGAUGAAGAUGAUGAUGAAGAGGGAGAGGAUGAAGAAGAAGAUGAUGCUGAUUCUGAUGAUGAAGCACCUGUUGAAUUACCAAUUUCUAAAAAGGCUAAAUCCGAUGAAAAAGCUAAGGGAGGUAUUCCGAAAAUUAGUAAAAAUCCUAUAUCAAGUGCAGAUACACCUGAUGAGCAAGUUAUUGUUGUGAAAAAUUUGCCAGAAAAAUGUAAAGAAAUUGACUUCAUGCAAGCUUUGGGUAAAUAUGGUAAAAUAGAAACCAUCUUUCGUGCAGCAAAUGGCACCACUGCCUUUAUUGCAUAUUCGUCUCCAGAUGAGGCCACAGCCGCUUUAGCUGCAAAUAAUAAAGCAGAGAUUAAAGGCAACAAACUUAAAGUUGAGAUGAAACAAGUAAAAAAAGUCAAGAAAGAUAAAACAGACAAAAAAGGUGAAAAAGUGCAAAAUGUCCCAAGCAAACAUAAAGGAUUUGAGGAUAGCAAAGAUCGUACAAUAUAUGUUAAAAAUAUCAGCAUCAAUACUAGCGAGGAACAACUCCAAGCCCAUUUCGAAGGUUGUGGUAAAAUUGAAAAGUUAACUUUGAAAAAAGUUAAAAUCUACUCAUAUGCUUUUAUAAUAUUUUCGGACCGUUCUGAAGCUGUAGAAGCUUUGAAAUUGAAUAAUUCCAAAUUGAAUGGUAAAAUUCUUGGUGUCUUUAUAAAUGACGGUUCAAAUCAAUUAGAUAUACCAGAAAAUCGUACAUUGGUUCUCAUCAAUAAAAACGAUCUUCAAACUGUGGAGGAAGACAAACUUAAAGCAAUAUUCUCCAAAUGUGACAUCGAAAAAAUUCACGUAUGUGGAAAAAAAAAAGUUUUAGCUUUUAUUAUAUUGAAGUCAGAAGACAGUCUAAAAGCUGGACUUAAACUUAAUGGUACGACAAAAAAUGGAAUAGAAAUUGUGUUAGAACAAUACCAUAAAGCACCAAGGAACACACAAAUUUAUGUAACAAACCUUGCUCAAAAUACAACUGAAGAUGAUUUACGCAGCUUAUUCUCUUCUAGUGGUGAAAUUAAAGGAAUUUAUUUAAAGUCUGGGUUCGCUAAUAUUAAGUUCGAAAAUGAAGACGGCUAUUGCAAAUCAUUUUUGCUAAAUGAAGCAAAACUAAAGGGAAGGCCUAUUUUUAUCGAACCAUUUUCAGCAAAAAAACAAAUUUUACUGGCACAAAACCGAAAAAGAUCAAUGCCACAUAAAGUUAAACAGAAUCCGAAGAAGUUUAAGAAGCAUUAGAACUGGACAGAUUAUUUUUAUUAUUAUUUCUACAUUUAAGUCGCAUUCAAAAUUACGACACGCAAUGAAAAAUUAUAAAUUAAUAUUAAUAUUCAACCUUAAAGAAUAUUUCUUUAGGGUAUAUAAAAAACAAUAAAAUAUUACAU